CCCUCGAGAGCUGUGUAGGGCUCUCAUCUGCGAGUGGUGAAUGGUCCCCACCUCAUAGCCGUUCCUUCCGUCAGAAGAGGCAAGACACAGUUUUUCAGAAACAACAGCAUCUUAAAAACAACCAGAGAACGCAACUGAAUAACACCCUUGAGUGACCCCACAGCGACCCACACUCCUGACCAUGAACCUGGAGCUCCCCAAAUCCGAUGUCAAGUCGGCCACAAGAGUGACCGGCGGACCCGCCACUCCCCGCAAGGGACCCCCCAAAUUCAAACAGAGGCAGACCCGCCAGUUCAAGAGCAAGCCGCCAAAGAAAGGAAUACAGGGGUUCGGUGACGACAUCCCUGGAAUGGAAGGGUUAGGCACAGACAUCACAGUCAUCUGCCCCUGGGAGGCCUUCAAUCACCUGGAACUGCACGAACUGGCCCAGUACGGUAUCAUCUGAGACCUCCAGUCCACUGGGAAUUGCGAACACUCCAUCACGGCUCUUUUUGGGAUCGGAUGGGAAACAAAAUACAACUGCAAAAGUGGACAAAAAAAAAAAUAAUUCUAACAAAAAAAAAUCUCUAAUGUAAUGAUUUUUCACCGCUUUCUUUAUCCUGCAGGCAAAGCUGAUAAAAUGAACUGCUCACGUCAGGUUUAGAAUCCUGGUAGCUCUUGUGCACAGUAUUCUGCAAACUGAAACAUUCUGCUACAUGUCUGUCCUUUCUGCUGUUUUCUUUCUGCUGUUUUUCCUGUGUCUUUUCUCAUCCCAAACAAAACAUGAAACUUACGCAAGCAAAGCCCUCUAAAUGAGUAAAUAAUGAAACACACUUGAAGUGAAACUACAAGCGAUUCACGAGCCGUCGUGUAAAUUUCAGCAACACCAGAAAAUACCCCCUGUAUGUAGAGAGCUGGGACCAAGGUCAGGGACCUGAGCAAAGAGAGCCCACGCUGGUUAAACUGACAAGCUCAGGAAUCGAGCCCUACUGUAUCUUCCCUAACUGUUUUUCCUUUUGUCAUUUUUUCUCCUUUCUCUUAAUUAUUGUGUUCUUUUUUUCUUUUUAAUUAAGGAAACACUCAGGGAUUAUUGCUUUUUUGUGUUGACUGUUGCUAAGGGCAACUGUCACAGUAGAACCCCCCUGCUCUUCCAUAUAGGCGCUGUCCUGUCUUCUUUGUCUUUGGAAUAAAGCAGCUUUCCUACUCUGCCUUACUUGUACUGUAGCACACUUCAAAGGGCGUUAUAUGCACCCAAUGCAUACAAUAUAGCAGACUAGGUACAGAAUUCAAAGGACGCUGUAUUGUAAACAAUGUUAAUAUGUUAAUAUUUCAUUUCAUGGUUACAUCUCGUUGCAUGUUGGUAUUGCACGUUCACUUUUUAUUUAACAUCUUGCAUGCUUUUUUCAUUGCAAUUUUAAACCGCAUUGCAUGUUUUAAUCUCAUUCUAAUUGCAUGUUCCUUUGCAUGUUUCCAUCCCAUUGCAUGAUAACAUUACAUUGCAUGUUUACAUCUCAUUGCAUGGUCCGUUGCGUGUUUCCAUCUCCUUGCAUGCUUAAUUUAGAUCUUUUUGCAUGUUUCCAUUUCAUUUCAGUGCAUAUCUCCUUUCUUAAUGCACGCAUGUUGCUCUCUGUCUCUCGCUGAAGCAUGGCAUUAUCAUGUAGGACACUGAGAGGCAUUACUCUUUCAAAUACACCUCUUUGCAUGCAUUGCGUUUCCUGUAAAACAUCCAUCAUUUGAGUGAAAUCUCUUUCUAGUUGCACCCCUCUCUCUCUCCCAUUAGCUCUAUAUUAAUAUACAGUAAGCUAUUCAUUAAAACAUCCUUUAACCCCGUACUAAGCUCCUGUGUAACUGUUGGUUCAAACUUUCCUAAACGAGAAGCAGUUCUGGCAAGUUGCAGAAGUGAUUGUGUUUAAUCGUUAGGGAGGCACACCGGGGUGUUAGCAACAGCGAUGGUUCAGCAAUGCCACACAAUGUUUAUGAAAAGGAAAAUGUCAUCAGAAAUAACAGUGAAUGUCCUUUCUACAGAAUAACA